AUGCUAGUAUCUACGACUCCUCUUCCAGUAUUGAGACCAUUAGACUUGAACAACGACCAUGAUAGCGACGAGACUAUUGGCAAGCAUACUGCUUGUAAAUCUCAUCUGAACACUUUCCUGGAUGAUCAUGACAGAGCACAAGUGUCUCGCUAUGGUCCAGCACAGACACAACCAUCAGAACUAUUAUCUACCGGACAAAAGCAUUCAUCUGCUCGAAUAGUUGCAUCCAAUAGAGGAACACCACCUACUCAAAUUAAACGCAUAUCCAACUCUCAAGUCGGACAAGUCCGCUCAACAACGUCCUCACUAUCUCCAAAACCAUCUGGACCAUCGUCAACACCUAUUGCUACAGCUCCAACUAAACAUUCAGCAAAAGCAAGUUCAAGAGCAAAUAGACCAGUACAGAAUAGUAUUCAGUCUUUUUCACCAUCUAUUGGACGAGCUCAGUCAGCACAACAGCAAAUCGAUCAUCUCCUGUUGCUACGUCAACGAGACAACUUGUUGAUGCGAUCACAGCAUUUACAGCAGCUGCUACGUGAAGCAGAAUGUACAGUGACCAAGCAAGCCAAGGAAAUACAAGUUCUUCGUCACGCUGUGUCCGAUUCCAAUCCAUUUGACUCCAACACACACCCUUUUAGAUAUAAUGUCGAUAAUACUAAUGACACGAUUGGAGAUAUUUCGGAUGGGUUCAAUACAAUUGAAGCACACCGAACCAUAUCCGACUUAUUAGUAACUGUAGCAACGUUACGGUCAGAGUUGACUGCCACCAAAGAACAGUUGGCAAUAGAGCAGCAUGCUACUAGCCAUGCAAUGAUAAAUCGGGUAUGCUGUCCGUCCUGUGGAGUAUGGUUUCAAGUGGGCCAGUCAGAAAAUACAUGCAUCUCAAACCAAAAAGAUACAGCUGCGAGCACUGCUUCUACCAUACCAUCAAGACCCUAUGUGUCUACCAGAUCUGGGCUUGAAGCAAAAAGAUCUCAUGUCCACAUGCUGAAUCAAAUUGAUCAAAACGAUGAGAUUAUUGAGAUUGAGAUGCCAUCAUUGGUCAUGUCUGGUAUCCGUAAUCGUGCAGAGGGCUUGAUAAACUCGACUGGGAAAAACACUAUAAAUGGAACACAUUGCUCAUUGCCUAGUUCUACCACCUCAACUCAUUACAACACUGGCUUGGUGCGGAUUGGUACUUUUAAUCAAGGCGAUGAUGCUGACUCGAGACAUUUGGAGUGUAACCAUCCCACAUCUCCAAAUAGUCGUAAUAGAGGUGGGAACGAAUUUGAUGAUAGUCAAUGUAUCAGUAUGAUUGGCAGCUUGCUAGACGAUACGCAUUUGAUGGAAUCCACGGCAGAAGAAAGCUUUAGCCAACCACCCCGAGCAGAUUUCACUAAUGGGUUGGAAAACAUAGAUAGAAUCUAUCAAUCACCUUCCAAAGAGAUUCUUGUUGAAACAUUCCAUUCUGGAUCUGGAUCUGGAUCUGGAUCUCCCACACGCAAGCAACCUGUACGUUAUCACAUGGAUGCUCAUUCGCCCCGUCAUACCAAAUCCGAUGCAUUUCAAGAGCAGUUUAUAGGCAUUAAAACUGCCAGCCAGAUGCUAAUUCCAGAACCAUCAAUCCCAUAUGCAAGUGCUCCACCAGUAUCUAGUCGGCUACUAUCCCCUAUCCCAACUGUUUCUGCAACAGGCAAAGCAAGUAGUCUAACAAGCACCAAGGCAGUACUACCAUAUCCUCAAUCACAAUCUCAUUUAGGACUACAAAUGAUAUCUCCUGCACAACAUUCAAAAGGAUCAUCUAAUCCAACUAGAUACCUGCAGCCACAUGAACCUACACCUGUCUGGGUCGAUGGAGCAUUGACGUCAAAAAAGACGUCCACUUGGAUAUCCUCAAUAGACAAACAGUUGAUUAUCAAAGAGCGGGAUGCGUUGGAGGAGGAGUUGUUGUUGCGGUAUAUGCAGCUGCGUAAGAUGGAACAACGUUACACGGCCGAGUUGGAACAACGCGAUCGCGAACUGGAGGCCAUCAAGUUAAAGACUGCAAUCGAUGCUAGUGGUAAAAGUACCAAUGUCCGAUUUUCAUUAGCUCCAAGAACCUCCACUCCAGAGUAA